CUCGCGCGCGACGAGCAAAAAUAAGAUGGCCGACCAAGGAAACAAAUAGAGCGCCGUCGUAAAUAACACGAGCUGUUCGAAACACGUCCCGAACGUGGGUAACCGCCUGCGUAAUCGCACGUGCGUUCGCGCGACGUACGCCCGGUCGGCGCGUCAGCAAUCCGCGACGUCCGCUCGGCCGACGGUGCCGCUCUCCGCGUGUUUCCUCUGUGCGAAAAACACGCGCGCGCGCGCGUGCGUGUGUGUGCCCGCACGCACGUACGUACGCACGCACGCUUGCCGCUUUAGCGUCCAGGGUGCCGUGUUCCGUUCGUCAUUCUCGCGCUCCAGAGUUUCACCUCCGCUCUCCUCUCGUCUUUGUUUACGCGACGCGCGCGUUGCGCCGCGCCGCGCCGCGCCGGGGGUUGCCGUGAACACGCGGGACCCCACCGCGAGAAAGAGAGAGAGAGAGAGAAAAGAGACUCUUGCCACAACAACGCGAAGACGCCAGCGUCCGGGAGUCGCCAGAAUGCGAUCGUGUGACACGCAUUCGAGCAACACGAUCUUCCUCGCGCUGAGCAACCGUUACCCGCGAAUCGUCGCCUAGCUCCUCAUGCUAGUCUCGUCUUCCGAACCGCUUGGGGCACAGCAUGAAGGAGAUGCUCGGAGGGUGCUGCGUGUGUUCUGAUGAGAGGGGCUGGACUGAAAAUCCGCUGGUGUAUUGCGAUGGACAAGGUUGCACCGUUGCUGUGCACCAAGCAUGCUAUGGCAUUGUCACUGUGCCAACAGGGCCGUGGUAUUGCAGGAAAUGUGAAUCACAGGAACGUAGCGCUCGUGUGCGCUGUGAGUUAUGCCCAAGUCGGGAUGGAGCUCUUAAGAGAACGAACCAGGCUGGAUGGGCGCACGUCGUAUGUGCUCUCUAUAUUCCAGAAGUUCGGUUCGGUAACGUGACCACAAUGGAGCCAAUUAUAUUGGAACUUAUUCCCUCGGAGAGAUUUAGCAAAACAUGUUACAUCUGUGAGGAACAAGGCAGAGGUAGCAGAGCAAAUGUGGGAGCUUGCAUGCAGUGCAACAAAACGGGCUGCAGGCAGCAAUUUCAUGUUACUUGUGCACAGGCUCUGGGCUUGCUCUGUGAGGAAGCUGGAAAUUAUCUUGACAAUGUGAAAUAUUGUGGUUACUGCCAGCAUCACUAUUCGAAAUUGAAAAAAGGCGGUAAUGUGAAAACGAUACCGCCGUACAAACCGAUACCCGCCGAUAACGGUUCAUCGGAUUCGUCACCGGAGAAAGAGGCGGAAACGCCAAUAAAAGCGUCAAGUGGCAAGCGAAAGAGCUCGAGCUCCAAGUCCAGCGCAAAUUCUAAAAGUAAAUCUAAUGCUAGUCCCAGUUUAGAGAUAAAUGGCGUUGCGGACGAUAACAAGAGCGGUAGUAGCGGUCGUAACACGCCCAAGGAUAAUUCCACGAGUUCCAGUAGUAAGUUUACGACCUCAAAUUUUGUCGAAACUAUCGUCACGCAGUCGGAGAGCGUGUUUGGACAUGACGGCAGCAGCGGCGGCGCGAUCACUACCAUCGCCGCGACACCGACUGCUUCCGCGAUAAAGACGAAUGCCGGCAAUUCUAAUGCGGGGCACAAAAAUACCGGGGGUCAAGGAAAGUCUAAUUCGUCGGCCUCCAACAAAACGUCGAGCCAUACGAGUAAGAAGAGGAAAACCGGGGCGCGUACGCCAACCGUGAUAGGAAACGAGAAUUCGAAUCAGUCAGCCAGCUCAGAGGCUAGCGGCUCAGUCGUAAUGACGGUUAGCUCUAUGGUGCAACAGCAAAUCGCUUCGGGCAACAACGUACAACCGACAAUCACCGAAGCCACUAGUUUAAGCGUAACGACGGAACCGGAAAAAUCGAAGAAGCUGAAAGUCGAGAGCCCGAUUCAGUCGUCAUCGAGCACGCCGGUAGCCGCAGAGGCGACCACUACGCCUGUAAUAAUGGCGGUAACGCAGCCCCAGUCCUCGGUUGUAACCCAGUCGCCGACGACCACGUCGAAUAGCAUCGUCGUGUCCGUGCCGUUGAUCGCCACCUCCCUCGCCGGCGCCACAGUCCAGAGCGUGGUGACGAGCGCGCCGACUUUAUAUCAACAGGUGCAGCAAAGCAGCAUAAUCACCACGGCUGCUAACACCGAGCCGCGAUCAAGCGCGAUACCGAGUACCGAGAGGUUCGUCGCCGAGGAUGUGCCGAUUAAACGAUCUCGUUCCCAAUCGUCGGACAAGCAGGAGAAGCCUCGCAAGCCAAAGCGCGGCUCGUCCGCCAACAACAGUCAACAGUCACUGCCACAGUCACAGACUGCAGCCUCGUCAGUAGUAACUUCUGUCUCCAGUACCACGAUUGUGACAACGUCUAAGAGGGGCGCAAGGAACAAUCACCAGACCCCGCCGCCUGCCGCCACGGUGGCCCCGGUGCUAGCAACUUCAAUCAUUCAGGGCCCGGCAUCUGCUGCUCCAGUCGGCCACUUCAGUAGCAUCAGCAACAGUGGCGGCGGCGGGGGUCUUGUCCCGAACAUUAUGGGGCCGACCAUUAAGGAAUCGCCACCCAGCAGCCCUGGAUCGGAGAGCAUGAGCAGCAGCAGCACGAGCAAACGGAAGAGGAAAACUGCCGCGUCUACGCCCGUCCCGUCUGCGUCGACCACACCUACCACUCUCACUAAUGCCACGAUAAAGGAGGAGAACAAUGUGAAACUAUUUCAAAAUGGAGUCAGUGCACCGCACAUGUUAGGGAAUCAGUUGAAUCCCACUUCGACGAUGGCGCAAAAGAUGUCAGAUACACUUUCGCAGGAGCUUGAGGCUCAUUCUAUUUUUACAGAGGCGAGUAACUCCAGUACAAACUUGAUCGGACCGCAGCUGCACAGUCGAGUAAUUGCAUCAAUACGAUCUAGCCAAGUGGGCAUGCCGCCCACUUCGUUUUCCUCGGUCUUCUCCACGAACGGCGGCGGUAGCGGCGGCGGCGGUGGCGGUGGCGGUGGCGGUGGUGGUGGCAGCGGUGCAAGUCUCAGUACAGCCAGUACCAGUGGGACUUUAGGUAGCGGAGCGAUUCCGCAAACUCUGGAUCAGCUCUUGGAAAGACAGUGGGAGCAAGGAAGUCAAUUCCUGAUGGAACAAGCCCAACACUUUGACAUUGCAUCCCUGCUUUCCUGCCUACAUCAAUUGAGAGCUGAGAACCUUAGGCUAGAGGAACAUGUAAAUAAUCUCCUGCAAAGGAGAGAUCAUUUAUUGGCUGUGAAUGCUAGACUCGCUAUUCCGUUGACAACUCAACCUAGUUCACAUCCAGUGAAUAAUAUACAUCCAACAGUGAAUCCGUCUCAUCCUAGUGUUUCACACUCGGAAGUGCCAUCUGGCGCUUCGGCGUCGGUACCUAGGGUGAGCCGCGAACCACGAGUGAACAACACAUACAUGCCCCACACGAGUUCCAGCAGUCACCCGACGACAUUGGAGAAUGGUUUACCGCCGGAUCCUUCCCCACCCGCAGCCGCUUCUCUCGCUCAGUAUCACCGAGGAUCGUUGAUUGCUCCUCAACCAAGUCCUACAAUAAGGCACAGUCCGGCCGGAGGCGGAUACCUUCAGGGCCAACCGAGCAACAUAGUGUCGCCGGCGCCAGCGAACACCUCUGGUGUAGUACGGAACUCGUCUGUCACACCAGAUCCAUUGCGUGGAGUGCCGAGAUCGGCGUCUCAGUCGUCGAGCAGUUACAUGCCAUCGAUGUAUCAGCCCACUAUGUCCAGCCUCACCAGCAAUCAAGUGAGCAGUGUUCAUAAUCUUCAUUCGCAUGGACCGUCGCCGACUAGCCAUGGGCCACCGGGCAAGCCUAGCUGAAGGCAUCAUCAUCAUUGAACAGCAAAUCCACAGAUGUACAAAUCUUAGAUUGUAAGUUAAUCUAUCGCGUUAAAUAGCAAUAAUACAGUAAGUGUACAUUCUAACGACGAUAACUGCGCGUAUUUCUGGUGGUGCGACAAAAGGAUACGCGAAGUUUUGCGAGAAAUUAAAAGAAUGAGAAGAAUUAAUAAAGAACACCGGAGAUUGUGCGUGCGAAAGGAGAGAAAACUGAUUACAUUAAUUUCGAUGAGUUUGUUGUACAUACCACACACAACGAUUCCUGUUAUAUCCAAAUAUUCUGUCUUACAGUUAAGAAUCGCAGUUUUAAAGCCGAUAUGCUUUUUACUUGUACAACUUUCCGGUUUCUUUAGCGUACCACCGUUGAAAUGAUGCCGCAGCCUACAUGUACUAUGACAAUGAUAAUAUCAAGUGCAACCUAUUUCAAAGCUAAUUUAAUUGUAUAUUCUGAUCUUAUAUACACACGUAAAAAAAGGAGAAUGGGGAAUACCCAAAUAUGUACAAGACGAGCACUGCCUUUCGCCAACAAGAGCUGUGAAGUAGGUUGGUCGCAAUUCGACAUUUUUUAGAAUAUCAUGAUCGUUAAACUUCAUCUGCCGUCCCUUCUUCCCAUUUCUCCUCUCCAUUCAACUUCUCUUUUUCAAAUCUGUAGAUUUCAUCGAUACUUUGUCAUUAUGCAUAAAUUCUUGAGGAUUGUGUACAGAAGAUAUUGUGCCAUCGUUUGAUCUAUGAAAUUACACAAUAUUCCCACUAUCAUUAUGUUAACUAUUGUAUUAUUUGAUUAAUAGAGCAAGGGUUUCGUGAUCGAUAAUAUUAUUUAUACUUCAGUAACAUUUAUAGGAAAUAACCUUAGAAUUGCACAUAUAUGAUAUAAUUUGUAUAUCAAAGUUCUAUAUUAGAAAAAAAUCAAUUUAAUUGAACAAUUUAUUCAUAUAAUUUCUCUUCACUUAAAUUUAUGAAUGAAUUAAAUUCUCCAUUAAUUAUUUAAUUCAAUUUAUUUAACUUAUUAUAGAGCAGUGAAUUGUGCAUCUACACUUUGUACGAAAGAUACAGGUUUUAAUUUAAUUAAACAGAAAAUAUCUGACUUUUAUUUGAUCGCUAGCUUUUGGAAAGUAACGAUAAACCACCAAGAAUAUCUUGAAUAUCCUCUCUAAUUAGAUUGUUCCGAAUCAAACUGUAUAUCUGUGAAAUGCAAAAGCGUAUAUAACAAAUGCAUUCAAUUGCUACACUUCUAACAAUAAGCUAUGGACUAGAGAAAAAGAUUUAAUUUAGGACCUUAGGCUAUAUUAAAUCUAAGGACUUGAAGCAAUAUUAAUCUUGGAAUGCUACUAUGAGUGAAUUUUCACCAAGUGUUGAUUAGUAGCUAAAAUUUUUAUUAUUAAAUUUUGGUAACUUAAAAUUUAAUAAGAUUUUUUACAUUAAUUUUCUAAAUGUAAGUGAAUUUUUAAUAUUAUGGAAGUAGAAUUGCAUUCAACUUCAUGUGUUUGAUUAUUUUCACCUUCAAUACCUAAAUAGGUAAAAAAGUGAAUAGUAUUAAAUCAUUCUUCAUUAUGAAUUUUUUGUAAAGUUGUAAAACUGAUAAAGCUAUAUGUUAUUCAAUUUUACCUUUAACCUUUUCAGAGGCAUACUUUUUUCUAGAAAUUAUGUCGGAUAGAUCUUGUAUCUGUAUGUUUUGGAUUAUGCUGAAACCGAAUCAAAGUCAAAAUUAAAAAAUUUUAAGUGGUGGAUCUAAUAUGGCGAACGUUGAACAUAAAACUUUCAAAAUUGGGGGAUAAAAAAAUAUAGCUGUAUUUUACACAAAAUUUACAAUAAAAAAGGUCUCUUUCGGUUUUCUGCUAAAAUGCAUAAUGUUUCAGAAAAAAAUUUCCUGGAAUGAUAUUCUUGAAAUCAUUUUAUUCAAUUUUGGACAUAAUUCUCCCUUUUUGCAUUACCCAGAACUAACGACGAGGAUGUGGAGAAAAACUAGUUAUAAAAUGUCAGAUUUCUCUCAUGAAAUCAAAAUUUUUCAUAACUAUGAUCCGCCAUUUUGAGCUGGCAUUUUAAAUUAUUAAAUUUUGAUUAUAAAUAUAAUGAAUAACUCAAAAAGAAUCCAUUUAACUUUCUAAUCUAAAGUAAAAUUACUACCAAAUUUCAAUUUUAUAACGCUAAUUUAUUAUUUGUCAUAACUUUUAUCCGCUAUUUUGAAUUUUGCUUUUUUUCAGAUUAUUUUCAUAAUCGGCAACCCAAAUAACCAUAAGGUACGAAAUUUUAUAUAACUGACUUAUAAAUUAAGUGGAUAAAUUAAUUUUAUAUGCUAGAAAUAGCAUUUUGCAAUAUAUUUUGUUAAAUAAAAAAUAAUAACAAUAUAUGUUCUCCAACUUCAACUUAAUAUGAAUUAGUCAUUUCUAGAAUCUAAUAUUAUGAUCUGGAAAUUUAUUUACAUUUGAGAGGUUUCUAGAACGAAUUUAUCGUGAAAAAAGUAUUUUUCGUCAUUGUUUAUUUAUUAACAAUUGCAAAAUGCAUGAUUGGUGCCAAACUUAUUGUAGUGUAUAGUUCUAACAUAAACAAAUAUAGAACAAUUUAUUUCACGAUUAUACGAUGUACCUCGGUUAUAUUUAAAAAAUCGAAGAAAAUGAGAAGUAUAUUUUCCACCGCUCCUGAAAGGGUUAAAAUAUUCAGUUAUUCUAAUAUUUCGCAAUUUAUAACGUAAUAUAAAUAAAUGUAAACAAUUCUUAAUUAUAUUAGUAUUAAUAUAAGAAAAAAAUGACUAGCAUUCCAAGAUUAAGUGUAAGGUGAAAAAAAUUCUGAAUUUUAUAAAACUUGGUUCACGCUGGGCUAGGGCUAACAAACGAGAAUCGUAAAAGAACUCUUUAUAGCGAUCUUACACAAUUAAUAAUACUAUCAGUAUCAACAAAUACGGACAAUAUUAUCGAUCGUUAUUCUUUAAUAAAUUAAAUAAAUUGAAUGAAAUAAAUAAUUAAUCAGUAUUCCGUAUACAUUAAAGAUAAUGUAUACGCAAUCAACGGCCCGUAACGUCUAAAUUUGAUUCAAAGCAUAAAUGAAGAAUAAACAAUUAUUAGCGCUAAAUUGUUCAAAUAUAUGACAUGGAAUAAUAUAUAUUUUUUGUUUUUACAUAUCAGUUUUAAAUUUAGUUACUAUAUAACUUCGUUCAAAAUUAACUCGUUAUAAAUUUAGUUGCAUUUUUUCCUGCUAUGUCAAUUUAUAGAACAGGAUUAACCACGAGAGUAAUAAAUUUUAAUUGUAUUGUAGAUUACAAUGUAUUUAUAGCAGUUAAAAAUUUUAUUUUCUCGUAAUUAGAUUUCAUACAAUUGUCUUACAGUUAAAGAAUUGUGGCUGCAAUGUAGUAAAAAAUUUCAAACAAGGUCGAACUACGGCACAGAUCUUGACAAUGCAAAUAUUAAAAAAUUUGUGAAUAUUUGUGCGAUACAUAUUAUAUAUGUAUAUGUAUAUGUAUUGAAGUCGCAAUACGCGCGAAUAAUCCUGUAAAAUAUGGGAUGCACGAUAGUAUAAAAUCGGAACUACAUUGCUUAAGGAUGAUAUAAUAUGCGUAUGUGUCGGAAUUGAAGUUGAUUUGUUUCGCUGCGUUUUCCACGAAGGUUUUCCUUCAAUUUUCCGUUCGCACUAUUAUUGUUUACUGAUUUCUGAGAAUGUGCGACGCUGUUGUGCAAAUCGCAAAAUCAAAAGUGCUAGACAGUAGAACAUUUUUAGAAGAUAAGACUUGCUAAAGAAAAAAAAUGUAAGGUAUUCCGCUCAAAGGCUACGGUAUAUAUAAUAAAAUGUAGCUUGUUUAUAAGUCAGCGAUGAAAUUUGCAUGUGAUACCGCAAACAAAUCACACAAAAUGGCACGCAAUGUAAAACGACAGUUUUAGUAAAGGGAGGGGGAAGAAAAGAGGAUCGACGAAUGUUGCGAUCGGCCGAAUGCAUAAUUCAUGAAUAAGCGCCUCGUGUCGUUAAAAUUCGGAAAAAUGAAAAAAGAAGAAUCGUAUUCGUAGAUGUUUUUAAAAAUGAAGGGGGUCCACUCGUAGGAUGACACGUUCCAUGCUGUCGCUUUAUUUUUGCACCGUGGUUACGAGCAUAAUACGAGAUUUCUCAGCCUCGCAAAACUAGUUAAACGAAUGGACUAUAUAAAAAUAUAAUGAUAUACAUAUGUUCGAAUUCGUCGUACAAAACUGAAAUUUUCCCGAGACCACCUACCAGCAAUUAUGAUUUGUAUUGUUUGUCGAGCGGCAUAGAAGAAAAUCUAGGGACUGACUGAUUAUAUUCUACCACGUUGUGUUCUUUAUCGUAAUCUGACGAUGUGUUCUCCAAAUCAGUGUAUCCCGCAAUUUUCUCGCAUUUUUUAUUAUUUUUUUUUUUUUUUUUAUUUAUGAGACUUUAUUUACAAGACACUAGAUGUAAUGCAUUAAUUACAUAAAAGUAUUAGCUCGCAUUGACUCGAACACGUUUAGGGUGGUUGAGGGACGAUAGAAUAUAAAGAUAAUAAAAGAACAUUGAUUAUGUACUGUCAACUAAAAUUUGUAAGUCCGAUUAGCGAUUAUAGAGAGAUGGGAUUUUUAAGCGAAAGAGAAAGCUCUAAUUAGGGAUUUUAGAUUUAUAAAUUGUAUGAUAAAAUUAAUAUUGUAUAUUCGACGAAAGCGAAGUAUGCGGAAAGGAGAGGAAGAUAGACAUGAAAACACCAAACCUAUAGCUUAUCACCACUCAGGGAGAAUCAGUUUAAUUACGCAAAAUUCUGCCGAGUUUUCCUUGUGGGCGUCGAUUAUGCGCGCGAGUACAUAACAGUUGUCGAAUUGUUGUGCAUUCUCGAGACUCACGUUGUUUUGGCUUUGUUACCGCAGUGGUGUUUUUUUUUCCACGAUUGCAAAAUAGUUCACUCAAAAGUAUUUAAUUUAAACUUGUUUCUGUCUCUGUUCUUUAAAUACUUAAAGUUUUAGUUUUAAAUGGUAUUUAGAUUUAAAAUACUAAAACGGUUAAAACUGAUAUCUUUAACAUCUUUAAACAUUUUAAUAUUUAAAUAAACACUAUUUAAAACUAAACAGUUUUUAAGUGUUUAAAAAAACAGAGAUAAAAUAUUUUUAAACAUUUCUUUUAUUGCGUAUACAUUUAAUAUAGAGAUAUUUUUUUCAAUUUUUGUAAUUAAGACACCUUUCCAUUAUUUAUCUCUACGUGAAUUUGAAAGUUCUGCUUGAUGUGUGUUUCGUAAACAUUUUUGUGGAUUCGUAUUUUGUAUGACAAAAAAAGUGUUUUUUGUAAUGAAAAGUUCUUCAAAUUAAGAGCCUCUCAAGAAUGCACGAUAAGAAGUAUUGAACUCCAAACAAUAUGUAUUACUCGUACUGAUUUGGUGACUUUCAUGAUUGACGACCUUGUCGAAAGUUCGCUAGGAUUUCCAAAAAGAAAGAAAAAAAAAACAAAAAAGGGGAGUAAAAAUGCGUGAUUUUGCGACGCGACAUCGCGUUUAUAUUACUGAAGAGUAUUUUAUGCAUUAUUAUCAAUAUAGUCGAUUGUAUCGUUAGGGGAUAUAUUAUAUGUACGGUACGCGAGGGAAUUACAGGAAAUAAAAACGGCGAGGUAUGUACGAGCAGUUGUAUAAUAUCCUAGUAGAAAAAGACGAAGGAUAAGAGAGACAAAAAGAAAAGAAAAAAUUUGAAAUCACAGAGCAGUACGACGAUAUUUUUUCACAGCUGAUCAGUGCCAAAUUUUUUCAAUCGAAUCAUUGAAACUUUUCAAUUUCUUAGGCUCUCGAGUCGAGGCGUACAUGUAGAAGACUUAGAAGAGAACCCGGCGAUAUCGCGAAACGAAAGAAAGGAAAAAACCAACUAUUUGCACAUCUAUUUAAUCAUCGACACGGAUUCGAUCGUCAUCUUCAUCGCAUCGUGUGUGUGCAUGCAUGUGUGUGUGUGUGUAUAUAUGAGUCGGUGAGACUUUUCUUUCCCUUCGAAACUGCGAGCGUCGAUCACUUUUUUUUAAUUUUCCUGUUAAUUAUACUAUUAUAAAUCUGUUCGUAUUGCUUGACAUCGCCACAAAUUUUUACACUUAAAAUGAAAAAUGUACAGUCAGGAGUUUUAAAAAAAGCGAAGAUUCUAAGCAAAAGGUGCAAGCAGCACGAACGGGCCUCAUGUCAUGUCAUUUUUGCCAGAUAGUGCAAAUAAGAAAAGAGAAGAGAAUAGAAUGGGAGUCGAUCGGUUGUUUCUGCAUUUCUGUGUUCAAUCUUCAACUGCCAGAGAUACAAAACAAAGCAAUUGUGUUCCUAAUCCAAGAAUCGGCUCCUCGCAUCCGCGGGUGUUAAAUUAAUUAGGUAAUUUUGUUUUUUUUAUAUGUCCAAAGUCUUCUCCGACAGCGCGCGGAGAAGAUGAAAAAAUUCAUCAUUGACAGUCACAUCAGCGUGGCGAUUUGUGCGCGUAAACUUUACUUUCGUAGAUAAGACCUUAUCUAAGAGCGAUGCGUUAAAUCUUAUGUAAUGGACACUUUUUACCAAAUAAAUUGUCACUUUCCGAGUA